AUGAACGAGCCGCAGGUCGUGCUCGAGUCCAACGGAGCUGCAGAUGCGGACCCAGCAUCGAUUGCCGUCAUUCACGUCACCAGUGACGUAAACCCUACUAGUAGGGACGUCGUCGCUCAGUCUUCAACGUGUGGAGAGACUCUUUUUGAGCUACUGCAAGGACCCGAUGGCCUGAAUGUUGUUGGUCGGCGGUUUACUCAGUCAGUCGAAGUAGUUCGAAAUGCACUGGAAUUCUACAAGAAUUUGGCCGAGAUUGAAGAUACGUAUUCCAUAGCUAUUGCAAAGCUGCUUCGUAGCCCAUGCUACACGUUUAAACAAUCCUUCUUCCAACAACUGAUGCGUAAUGAAAAUACGUCUGAACUCGGUUCGUUGAACAACGGAUGGAAACAGUUGGGCGAUGAACUACAGAAAAUUUCAAAUCAUCACAAAGAGCAGGCUGCUAACAUCAGAGAUUGUGUUCGGUCGCUGCUUGAAGACUGCCUUCCCAAUCUGGACAAAUCAAAAUCUGAACUGCUUUCUCAAAGCAAGGUUAUGAUCAGAGAUUUAUUGGCUUCUGAGAGGCAGCUUGAACUGGAUAAAAAGCAAUAUAUGAGGCUGGCUGAGGAGGCAGAGAGGCUGCGUGAGCAGAAGACAAAACUCGAACAAGAAGUGUUUCAAAAUGCAGCAGCUGCACCGAAGCUUGAAAAGGCCACAACUCACAUGACACAAGCCUGCCAAGUGGCAUUUGCUCAAGAACGAAAAUAUCAUUCGUCUCUUGACAGCCAUGUAAAGAUGUUGGCUAAUUUUGAGGAGAAAAGUGCGGAGCUCAUGAAGAAGAUUAGCCAAGCUGAGAUUGAGCGGGUGGAUGUAAUGAAGUGUUCAUUUAAAGAGCUGGCAAGAGUUCUAUCUAAUUCCGCCCCCACGUAUCUUGAAGGAAUGCAGCGAACUCUCUUGUUUACUGAUGGCAUCGAUGCCAAGCAGGACAUAAUGGACUUUAUGGACUCACAUUCGAGUCUAAAGGAGCGACUUAAGAGACCAAAGUUUGAACAAUUUUGCAGUCGGUUAGAGUCUUCUUCAAAAACGGAUGAAGUCAAUGAAGGUGACCCUACUGCUUCGCUACCUUCACCGAAACCACUUAUUGCAAAGAAACCUAUUAGGCCAAAACGAGAUCAUGCUGCUGAAUUCUUUUCUGGGAUUGAGGACACGAAUGAGUCCACAUCUGUCAAACGCAUCAGUGUUGUGAACACUGAAGAGACGGCCGCCAAGGUUGUAUCAGACGACUCAGGUCCUUCCUCCCCCAGCUUCAACCCGUUUAAAACUCCAUUGAUACCACCAGAAUUGGUUGCAAAUGGACAGUACGGUGAAUUUGAGGACGUUGUAGGGACAGUAGAGACUCCGGUAGUCGAGACAGUUGAUCAAACAGAUGCAAGAAAUGAAAAUUUGUGGAUUGAACAAAAGGAAUCUACGUUUGGUGAUUCUGAUGAAGAUUUGAUGGCACCAACUGGUGAGUACGGUAAACAUAAGGAAAUCGGUGCAGCAAGAUCAAAGAGAGAUCAUGACGACAUUGUUGAUUCAAUAACUUCAUUUAAGAAGAAAAGUCAUGAAACAGCAUCAGCUUCACCGGAAGUUAGAGGAGGGCGUACAAGGGAGAAACCGAAGAUCAAGCCCAAGCCGAACCAGCCGAACCUAGCUACACCUGAUGGGUUACUGCGUGCAUUGCUUGAGCUCAGUGGCAAGAAUGACUACUACGGUCUUCUCGGAGCAUCACAAUCUUCAGACAAGUCUGAAUUGGCAAGACUGAGGCGUGAAAAAACAGCAACAUUACAUCCCGAUCGCAUAACCAACGGCGAGGCUGCGAGAAAACGGGCAACGGAGGAGCUGGCACUGCUUAACGAAGUGUACACCGAUGUGCUGGUCAAGGACAAGACGAGAAGAUUGUAUAAUCAAGUAGUGGCUUUCAGAAAGAGUUACAGAGAGAUUCCGCAUCAAUCCCCCGAAAACCUUGCAAAAGCCACAAAGCGUUUCUAUCAAUUAAAAUCAGAACUGGAACGAGCUCACGUGCCUGAGAACCUCAUCAAAGAGAUGACCAUGGCAACAGACACAGCUCAAGCAUACAGACAAUUCAAGCAGUCACGACAACCGUAG